GUAAAAUGGCGCCGCUCGAAACCCAAACAAACGAGAAUUUUGAAAAUGGCUUUGGUUUGUUGAAAGUCUGGCUCAGAUGGGUCAUUUCAAGUUAUUUCGUGCUGUAGUGACAUUCCCGUAGGAGGAUUAAUCAAGUUUUAGUUCCGGAAUCGACUGAUCAAUGAAAAUUAGAGACUAUGGCAGGAAGUCCAGAGUUAUUGAAAAACGCAUUAGAAGAUUGGCUGGAGCAAAAUUUUCCAAGAGGAUACACAUCUUGCAUCAAGAUCCAAGGUCGACCGAUUCUUCCUCCAUUGAUGUCGGAGGAGCGUAGGAUUGAAAUGCGACGACUGAGAGACAUUGCUGUUGAAGUUGAAAGCCGACUAUUGCAAAAGAAAGUUAACAUUCAGGACGAUGCUGCCGGUGGUGAAGCUAUGUAUGAAGGGGCUGCAGAUGAACUGCAUUUUGCUAACUCUUUGCCAACUUCUUUGGCUGCUUACCAAGAAGAACCAACUCAGCCAUUAACAAAUGAAGAAAUUUCUCAAACACUGGAAGAUGCUCUAGAACUAAUUCAAGCACAAAGCAGGCCAGGCACAGCUCAGUCCAAAGACAUGCUGAAAGAAUUUGAUCCUCUUGCUGAAGGAAACAGUGCCCACUCACCUGUAGACCUUUCAGUCUUACACUCGGAAAAUAUUUCUGAGCGGAAUGUUAAAUCUUCUGACAAAACUCUGUCAAAACCAAGCAGUACAGAGAGCUCAAUUGCUUUGUCAUACAGCACAGAUCUUAAUAAUUACAUGGAUAUUACUGAGGGCAGUGUUGACAUAUCUGUACUUUGUUCAGAUCAGAAGUCUGUCUGUGAAACUGGAGCUACAACACCGAGCACAGUAAGGCCAGACUCUGCUGGUAGUAAGUCCCUGUCAAGUGUGCCUUCUAAAGAUAGAAAAGCAACAUUUGAAGACCUGAAUAAUUAUUUAGACAGCCUGUUAAAUAAUAACAGUGAUUCAAAGAAGCAAAAAGCUAUAAAGGACAGUAACCAGAAUGUAGUCAAUAGCUCAACUUCAUCUCAGAGCAGCCAGAGAACUAUUUCUCCACCUAUCUAUUCAGAGGUCUUACCAUUCAAUGGCAAGCCACCACCAUUGACCAGUCCACAGGGUAGUCUUCAAACAAGGAUUACGAACGAUGGGAACUACCUGACUGCACCAAGCCAGAGAAAUGUAGACCAGAUUGAAAAUGUCUCGAAUUUUCUUCAAAGUUGUACCCUAUCACCAGUGAGACAAAGUGAUGUACAAAAUUCAUAUGAACAAAAGGUGCAGUUAUAUUUGCAGAACUUAGUGAUUGAUGAAAAAGUUAUGAAAGAACUCACACAGAUGGCAUCUUCUCAACUUGACAACCUUCCUCAGAGUAUGGAUAAAAAUUUGUCAGAAACAUGCUCUUCCAAAAAUUUAGUGAAUGAGAAUCCUUUGCAGAGAAAUACAGAGGCAAACUGCAAUGGGUAUGUGCCUGCUCCUCCAAGAUUAGUUCGAAGUAAUUCUUAUACCUUGGACUCUCCCAGUCCUAUGCUGCUAGCCCACAUGGAAGCUGAAUUAAGAAAAAAUGUUCGCAAUGAACCCAAUAUGAGUUCCAGUACUAAUCCAUCACAGGAUGUGGGACCUUCCCGGAGAGUUUGGGAUGUCGAGUCUAACAAAAACAUGCCAAGCUGGUGCAGCAGACCCAGUAAUGUGUCCAAUGCUGCUUCUAAAACUCUAUCACCCAAGAAAGUUUUGAAUAGAAGUACUUCUGCACAGCCAACUGCUGUAAAAAAUUCAGAGCACAGAGGGCUUCCUUCUGAAUCCCCUCAAAGACUGUUGAAGGACAAGGUUCCUGCCAAGUAUUCUACAGAUCAGUCCAGAUUCCGUAAAUCAUCUCUUGGAUCUCUUCAAAAGGACAGUAUGGGGAAAGCUUCACAAGAAGGUUCACCGCCUAGUAGUGAUGACUCGAAAGAUAAAGCUCGCACUUUAUUGCUACACUUACAACUGCAGCACAAUCAAGAAAUGGAGGAGCUGUUGAAUCGCCAGCGUAAGGAAAAAGAGGCCAUCAGAUUGGCACUUUUAGAAGAGCAAAAAUCUGCAUUCAGGGCAUCAGAAGAGGCCCUUGAAUCUUGCCUUUCCAGGACUUCCACAAAUUCACACACCAGUGCACAGGGUCAGUCUCCCCCCACAAAAGACAAAGCACUUCAAAUGGAGCGGAGGAAUACAUCGCAAUCAGUCUUCAAAAGGGAUGGCUCAAAGCCGUUGCCAAGUGGCCAGGUGGAAUAUAAUAAGAGCUCAUCUAUAUCACUUGAUCCAGUCACUUCUUCUAUAGAUUUAGGUGGUGGUUCAUCUUUGAUAGAUUUAGGACAAGAUGAAAGAGCACUUGAUAAUAUCAAAGUGAUACCCCAAAAAGAAGUUUAUGGAAAUGCUCAGAGAACCAAUCUAAUGAGUGGAGCAGGCCCUGGUGAAAACCUGCCAUUACAACUAGGCAGCUAUAACGGUUCGUCAGAGAUGAUAUCAAGUUUUCCUCCCAGCGAUUUGCCAAGUGGUCAAAUGGAAAGAAUGACAUCCAGUCUACCUCCUGAAAUUCUCUCUCUGCACUUUUCCAACACUGAGCUGACCUUCCAAAAUGCCAACUCUGUGUCGUGUACAACUCAGUCCUCCGUAAUAUCCAUCAGCAAGCCUACAUCCGUUUCUGCAGAUACCACAUCGGUUGCUCCGAACAUUUUCUCUUCUGCUUUCGCUUCAUGUAUGACUGGAGGCAGCCCUCGGACCAAGCGCCGUUCGUGGUGCAGUCGCCAGCUCUUUCCUGAUGAGUACUCCCAAAGUCAUCCAGACUGGGUAACUCAAACUUACGAACUUCAGAAGCAUCAAGCAGCAAGCAAAAUUCAAGCAGGAGUCCGUGGUUAUUUGACAAGAAGGUUACUCAAAACUGAGAGGGUGCAAAAUUGUAUCACCACAAUACGAGACACGAUUGUAUGUGCAUUACAACUUCAAAGAGAGUGUGCACCUCAUGUAGAACCUAGUGACCUUCAACUGCAUGGGAGACUGAUACAACAGCUCAGUGCUGCUUGUGAAGAUCUGCACCACAUCUUUAUGGGUCUUCCUGUGAAACGGCGAAUGGCAAUUAUAGCUGCUGAUAGAGAGAGAUUGCGGAUACGCACUCCAAGAUCUCAAAGUAGUUUGGGCUCAAGACCUUUGUCUCGAGCAACUCAGAUAGCUCUCCAGAGGAAAUUCAACCUAGGUGAUCCUUCAGACAGUGCCAGUGUGCAUUCCAGAUCUUCAUCAGCCAAUAGGUCUAGGCGUCGAAGUUGGGCAGUUGAAUCUCAUAUGAAAGCAUCACCCAUGCCUACAAACAUUGCCAACAACUGUGAGGUUGUUUCGGGUUGUCUCUCUAGGUCUUCAGCGCCAAUGUCUUUACCACUGCAGAGAUCAGCCAGUGCAGGAAGCAGUAGGAAACCAUGGCGAUAGGUUUACCUUGUCAGGUUGUUCAGAUAGUAGGUGAGUCGAUUAAAAGAAAAAGGUUCAAAUUUGAACUAAUAACAACAUUAAAUUUGUUCAAGAGCUCUCUGACGCCUUCCAAAAAUUGCUUCUCCAUGAAGUUGUGAUAGAUGGUUUUAGAAAUAUGAUUUGUUUAUGAGUAAGUGUACUUAAAAAUUUUGUACCCAUAUAUUUUUCUGAUUUUUCUUUUGUGUUUGCUUUUUGUACAUACAUUUUAAUUCUGUUAAUGCUAAGAUUCAUUUGGGUCUUUGCAAGUUAAACAUCACAGAUGUUGGAAAAAGUUAUAUUUCAUCUGAUAUUUUUUCAUCACAAAUUUUAUGUCCCAUCCUUUUUUUUCCCAUCUAUUUAAAGCAAAGCAGUAUCAUUAAUUGCAAGUUUUUUUUUCUUCUAUCUCUCUGUAUUUUCCAAAUGUGAUCUUGUAUAAAACCAGUGAUCCCUUUUUAUGUCAAAUAAUUAUAUGACUUGAGUGGUCUUCUGGAAUCUUUCCCUAUUACAUGUGUGUGUCCCACGUAUGCACAAGUGUGAUGGAUCUCUCAAUGUUUCAUUAUGAUAAAGUUUAAUUUUAGAUUUUUGCCUUUAAUGUUAAAAUGUGUGCACAGUUACCUGAAGCUUUUGUUGAGGUCUUCUUUGAAAUUCUAUCCUUGUAAGAAUCUGUAAUUUUCUGCAGUCAGGCAUAUUUGUGUACAGUAUCUGUUAUUUGCUACUUUUAAAAAUGUUUUUAGGACAUUUCCUUUUUUUUUCAUGAUUAUUUUUAUUUUUUCAUCAGAUGAUUUGAAAUGUUUUUUCUUGCCUCACUUGUCUUAUCUGCCAUGAUUGUGUAUUCUUUGUCAUGUUGUAAAUUAACUUGUCACUGCAACACUCUAAUCUAAUUUGCUUGUACUGAGUUCAUUCUGGCUAAAAGUAACUAUUUUGUGAAAUUUUUAGAUAGUGUUGCCAACACCGUGCCUUAUCUCAAGAUUAAGUGUCUUAUGUUGUUUAAGAAAAACAAUGAAUUUCAAGAGAUGGAAUCGACUUGUGAUGCUAAGAAGUAAAAUUCAGAAGCGUUUUGGAAUGUGCGCCUUUCAUUUCUGUAUUGCAUGCUUUACUCUUUAGUUCCGCUGUAGCCAAAUUUAUGUUGAACCGCACAUGCUUUCAGGUUUCUAAGUUGAAGUGCCUUAGUCAUAGGUAGGUCUUGAGACGGUGGAGUCAAUUGAAUGUACUUUUACGUCCAUGGUGCUGAUGUCAUUGAGCAUUAUUUUUCAUAGAGCUAUAUUCUACAGUCAAUGAGGCCAUUUGCCCCCUCAUUCUUGGAUUUUGCACAGAAAAUAAAAAGUGUAUCAUGUA